CCCGAACGAACACACGCUGCUCGGCGACAUGGCCUCGGACCAGCGCGGAAAGGCCGAGACUCUGGCCCUGAGGCGGCAGUUCAUCGGCUCUUCCUGCAGACUCUUUUUCCCCGGGGAUCCUGUUAAGAUCAUCCGGGGCCAAGGCCAAUACCUGUACGAUGAACAGGGGGCAGAAUACCUGGACUGCAUCAACAAUGUGGCUCACGUUGGGCAUUGCCACCCUCUCGUGGUCCAAGCGGCACAUGAGCAGAACCAGGUGCUCAACACCAACAGCCGGUACCUGCACGACCAUAUCGUUGACUAUGCGCGGAAGCUUUCGGAGACCCUGCCAGAGCCGCUCUGUGUGUUCUACUUCCUGAAUUCUGGGUCAGAAGCCAAUGACCUGGCCCUGAGACUGGCCCGCCAGUACACGGGACACCAGGAUGUAGUGGUGCUGGACCAUGCGUAUCACGGCCACCUGAGCUCCCUGAUCGACAUCAGCCCCUACAAGUUCCGGAACCUGGACGGCCAGAAGGAGUGGGUCCAUGUGGCACCACUCCCAGACACCUACCGGGGCCUCUACCGGGAGGACCACCCCAACCCCACAGAGGCCUACGCCAGCGACGUGGAGCGUGUGAUCAACAGUGCCCGGGAGAGGGGUCGGAAGAUGGCAGCCCUCUUCGUGGAGUCCCUGCCCAGUGUGGGGGGGCAGAUCAUCCCCCCGAAAGGCUACUUCCCCAGAGUGGCUGAACACAUCCGCAGGGCCGGAGGGGUCUUUGUCGCUGAUGAGAUUCAAGUUGGCUUUGGCCGAGUGGGAGAGCACUUCUGGGCCUUCCAGCUACAAGGGGAAGACUUUGUCCCUGACAUUGUCACCAUGGGCAAGCCCAUUGGCAAUGGCCACCCUCUGGCCUGCGUGGCCACAACCCAGGCAGUGGCAAGAGCAUUUGAAGCCACAGGCGUCGAGUACUUCAACACGUUUGGGGGCAGCCCUGUGUCCUGUGCCGUGGGGUUGGCUGUCCUGGAGGUCUUGGAGAAGGAGCAGCUCCAGGCUCAUGCUGCCCAUGUGGGCAGCACCCUGAUGGGGCUCCUGGAGCAGCAGAAAGGCAAGCAUCCGAUCAUCGGGGAUGUCAGGGGUGCCGGGCUUUUCAUCGGUGUGGACCUAAUCAAAGAUGAGGCCACAAGGAAGCCAGCAACUGAAGAGGCAAACUACUUGGUCUCCAGGAUGAAGGAAAACUACAUUUUGCUGAGCACCGAUGGUCCCGGGCAGAACAUUCUGAAGUUUAAGCCCCCAAUGUGCUUCAGCUUUGAGGAUGCACACCAAGUGGUGGCUGUGCUGGACGCUGUCCUGACCGAGAUGGAGGCAAUUCUGAGAAGCUGUGCCACACUGAGAGCAAAGCCUCAGCCUGCCCUUCAGGAGUCCUGCCUCUGAGGACAGUUGCUUCAACAAGCUGCUGCCCGGGGCUCUCUGCACAUCCCCAUCAGCACAAGCCUUCAGAACACAUUUGUUGACUGAGGUCAGCAGCAGCUGCUGUCAUCACCCUCAGCCAACCCUCAGUUUGUGAAGAAACAACUUCCUAGAAGGUUUGGUCCACUUGGAAUCCGAGCCCUAUCACCUCUCAACACCAGCUGGUCUCAAGCCCACAACUGCCUGAACAGCAAGUACUACAACCUAAGGAAAGGCAGUAAACCAGCCCAGCCCUUUGUGGAGCCACAGUCAUUGCUGUUAGACUCCCAUUUCUGUUUAUGGACUCCAAGCUGGCCCCAGAGAUUAAAGCCAUAACCUGGGGAAAUACAGGGGGGGAGGGGCAGAGGGGAGAUAGGCACUUCACUACAGUCUCAAACCACUGACCCACCCACUUCCUUUCUGAAGGGGACUCGGGGCCAGGAUGUUUCUUUCAUUAAAGAAAACUUAACCAAG